UUUCCCUUCAAUCCAGAUAACACGUAUUUGGAAUUGGAGUAUAUAUCCAAACGUGAGGCCAAUAUAAUCAACUAACAUUUAUAACUUCCUUUCUUACUUUUUCACAACCAUGGUGGUUGUGACAUCCACUUCUUCUAACCUCGCAACCCAUUUCACCAACACAGUAACCUGUUGCAAACCAGUUUCACCUUUACUUCAAUUCUUCAACCAAAUUUAUGGCAACCCCAGAAGACCCAGUUGGUCCAAACUGCCAAACAACUGUAAUGGAGUGGUGUGUGUUAGAGCUUACAUGGAGAAUCCAAACUCUAUAUCCAGUUUUGCCAGCAAAGUCAUUGGUUCUCUCCCUGUGGUUGGGUUACUAGCGAGAAUUCUAAGCGAUGAAGGUGGGGUUGGUGGUGACAUUAUUGAUUUUGCAGAGUUUAGAAGGCGGGUGGGCAAGAAUUGUAGCGUUGCUGAUUCUAAAGCUUUCUAUGACUUCCAAGAUCGACGAGGCCCGGCAGGGGAUCCUUCGCAUGUUCUACUGUGUUGUUGGCUAGCAGCUGUUGGUGCCGGGUUUCUCAAAUCUGAGGAGAUUUUGGAGGGGGUUGUUAGGCUUCGGAUUUCAGAUGAUAUUGAAUUUGAAGAGGAGACUUUCCUCUCUAUGAUGAAUGAGGCAAAGGAGAGACGGGCAAAGUUAAAGGUAGCAGCUCCAACAAUCCCUAUGGAGAUUCGAGCUGAGAAGGCUCUUGAAGCAAUUUAUGUAUGUUGCUUUGGGAAGGACCCUAUCGAGGAAGAAGAUAAGAGACUAUUAAAAAUCAUGCUCAGUUGUGUUUUUGCAUCAGUUGGGCAAUCAGAGAUUCAGAGGAUUGUUGAAGAGAAGGCGAGGAGAGUAGCUGAAGGCGGUGAUGAGAACUAUGUUUUGGAGCCAAAACCCUUACCAAAAGAAGCUGUACAACUGCAAAUGAAGGACCUUGAAUUCCUUAAACAAAACAGGGACUCUUAAUCAAAGUGCUGCAUGCCCUUGAUGCUAUUGUGACCAUAGUAAGUAAUUGCUUGAUCAAAUAUUGAGAGCAGAGUUGCAGGAGUUUUAUCAUUUUCUGUGGUAGCAGUAAGUCACACUGAAAGUGGUCACAAAUACUUCUAAGUUCAAACUUCCAUUGUUCCUGUGGUUCAAAAUUUUAUUUCGUGGAUUUGCGUUCUUUAUUCGAUAACAUACAAUUUACCUGCUCUUUUGAGGCAUUAGAAGCUUACAGGCACUUUUCAAAUUCCAAAGAAAUGUAUUGUCUUCAUUUAGUUA